GCUUCAAAGUGCUUCAGUCUUUACUUCCGUUAACAUGUAUUCCAAGCUGAUAGUUGGUUUUGCAUGCUUGGCCGGUGCAUUCGCCGUCUAUUUGGGCCAAGUCAUUCGCAAAAGACUCAGACAAUGCGAACCAAAGGACAUACACCAGCUCAUACCAUUACCUCCUGGUCCUAAAAAAAUGCCAAUCAUAGGAAACCUCUUCGAUAUUCCAUUAGUUGACAUGGCAAAAGUAUUCGCAGAGUGGAAAAGCUUGUAUGGCGACAUCAUCUAUCUUGAGGCAUUGCAACAACGGAUCAUGGUGUUGAACUCCUUCGAACAUGCUAACGAACUUUUAUCCAAGAAAUCGUAUUCCGAUCGUCCGGUACCCAUGAUGUUAGGAGAGCUCAUGGGCCUUGGCCAAAGCUUUCCAUUACUUCGAUACUGCGCUGCGUGGAAACAACAGAGGAAGCUUGCUCAUUUGGCUUUGAAUGCUGGCGCAAUCAAAGAAUAUAGCAAGCUGCAAACGGAGGCCGUCGUGUCGUUUUUGGACAGCCUCAUCGAGAACCCAAGCGACUUCAUAUCUCAGCUUCGGUUGGCCGCGGGCCGCAUUGUGUUGUCCAUGACAUAUGGUGUCCCAGUCAAAAGCUCGGAGACGAUGAAUUUUAUUACUGAACUGGAGAUUAUGAUGGCCACCAUAGGCAAAGGAAUGAUGCCAGGAGCAUACGCUGUCGAUAUGUUUCCAUGGCUCAGAUAUAUCCCUUCUUGGGUCCCCUUCAACAACAUCCAUGCUAUUGCCACAGAAGGCCGCACGCGCCUUCUUCGCGUUGUCGGACUACCCUUUGAAUAUGCGAAGCAACAAUUUUUGUCGCCUUCACCAACCGCAUCCUUCACCGCUACUUGUCUUCAGGUAGAAGGCGCUGCCGACAUGGAACAUCACAUACGGUGGGCUGCUGGUUCGAUGUAUGGGGGUGAGUUGAAGUCUUUUGACACCAUGGGCACAAUCUUGGCUUUCAUUCUUGCCAUGGCCUUGUACCCUGAUAUUCAAACCAAGAUAAAGAUGGAGCUUGAUCGCGUUGUUGGCCAUGGGCAACUCCCGACAUUGGAUGAUCGUUCACGCUUACCUUACGUGAAUGCUGCCAUCAAAGAAACGAUGCGGUGGAAUCCAGUGGUUCCUCUAAGUCUUCCUCAUUUUACUAGCAAGGAAGACGUAUACCAAGGGUUCCGCGUGCCUAAGGGAACAAUUGUUUUUCCGAAUGUUUGGUCAGCGUUAUGCAACUUAUCGGAAUUUCUCCCGACUGAAUUUGCACCAGAGCGUUUUCUUGACGAUUGCGUCGAAAGGACAGCAUUGGACCCAUAUUCGUACGCUUUUGGAUUUGGUAGGAGGAUAUGUCCCGGCAGGUUUUUUGCGGACAACAGUGUAUUUUUAUUUGUGACUGUUGGAUCGGACGGAAGGAACUCUCUUUUGAGGGCGCCGUUUAGACAGGGUAUGAUGAGGUUCCCUGAAUCGUUUCAUGUUUGUAUACUUCCCCGUUCUGAGCAGCUCGCAGAAGAACUCCAUGCCAGAGCUAGGGAGAUGUCCAAGAAUGGCAGUGAAUGACGCAGUAACUUGUAGCGAGAGGAAGAGUGUAUCCGUGUAUCCUUAUCUUGUACAAGCAUCAUAGUUAUGAAUCUUGGUCCGCGAUAUAUUAUAGUGUCCUCGUGUCUAGAAAUACACGGGGCCUGAACUUAGAA